UGACUUCCGAAACGACUAAUCCGACGCUUUGUGUUUGACCGAUCUGCCGUCCGAAUCCUGUCUUCUAUAUUUUUCUCACCAUUGUUUUGGCCCUUCUUCCUUUGUUGUCUCUGGUUGUCCAUUUGCUUCUUCCUACUAAACAUCUCACUGCUGCUUAUGGCGACCGCCUCAGACACAGAGCACCAACCCACUCCUCGUUCCCAACAGCAAGAACCCAUGAAGCGCCACAGGAAUGGGGAAAUCUGGGACUUCGAGGACGAGAUGGUGGUACCUAGUAACAGGCAGGUAAUAUUGGGUUUGGACGGUGGGGCUACUUCCACUGUCUGCGUAUGCAUGCCCUUCGUCCCCUUCUCCGACCCUCUCCCCAACCCUCUACCAGUUCUUGCCCGUGCGAUUGCUGGAUGCUCCAAUCAUAAUAGUGUUGGCGAAAUGGCCGCAAGGGAGACGUUGGAGGAAGUUAUGGCAGAUGCUCUUUUAAAGUCAGGUUCAAAUCGAUCUGCAGUACGAGCUGUUUGUUUAGCAGUAUCUGGUGUUAACCACCCUACAGACCAGCGACGAAUAUUAAGUUGGCUUAGGGACAUAUUCCCUAGCCAUGUGAGGCUUUAUGUUCAGAAUGAUGCUGUAGCAGCUCUUGCCAGUGGGACAAUGGGAAAGCUUCAUGGCUGUGUGCUAAUUGCUGGAACAGGAACAAUUGCUUAUGGAUUCACAGAAGAUGGCAGAGAGGCCAGGGCUGCGGGCGCAGGACCUGUCCUAGGUGAUUGGGGGAGGUAUACUAGUCUUUGUACUGCAAAAAAGCAGCCAUUGAUGGGGGAGGAUGGCUCCACAUCAAGUGGAUAUGGAAUAGCUGCACUGGCACUAACUGCUGUAAUUAGGGCUCAUGAUGGUCGUGGUCCACAUACAAAGCUUACAUCUAGCAUUUUACACCAUCUUGGCCUUUCUUCUCCAGAUGAACUAAUUGGGUGGACCUAUGCUGAUCCGUCCUGGGCUCGCAUUGCAGCACUUGUUCCAGUUGUCGUAUCUUGUGCUGAUGCUGGUGAUGAAGUUGCAAAUACAAUCCUGCAAGAUGCAGUCCAGGAGUUGGCUUUAAGUGUGAAAGCUGUUGUUCGUAGACUUCGCUUGUGUGGUGAAGAUGGGCAAGAUUCUUUUCCUCUUGUUAUGGUUGGUGGUGUUCUUGAAGCAAAUGAGAGGUGGGACAUUGCAAAAGAAGUUAUGAACUGUAUUUCUAAGGACUUACCUGGUGCUCAUCCAAUUAGACCGAAGGUAGAGCCUGCAGUUGGGGCAGCAUUGCUAGCUUGGAAUUCAUUCAUGAAAGAGUGCCACAAGGAGGUGUACAGACGAUGACCAUUGAUGAGUUGGAAUUCAAUUGUACAGCAGGUGAGGAUUACUUAAAUUAAAAGGGAAAUUUGGAAUGAACAAUAAGAGUGAUAAACAUAUAUUUCUUCAUACGGUAUUAGGCAUUUUAUUAAUCCAGGAUAUUUUUGGCUGAUGUUUUGCAAUAAGUUCUCUUUUAGUUUCGGUAUUUUUAUUUGGCACCUGUGUAAUUAAACAAUAAAUAAACACAAAUGUCACAGAGAGAGUGAUGUAUACUUGUGAUUUGCAACUGUUGUUUUUAUUUUUAUUUCUUGAUACGGUUUAGGCUAUAAAGAACUUGUGUUUAUUCAAUGGGCAAUUGCACCAGAGACCACAAGCAAGAGAUUAAUUGUAUCUCCUUCUAAACCUGUUUCAGACAAAUGAUAUUUACAUGCCAUGUUUGUAUUCAUCUUAGUAGUUUGGUAGGCAGUCGUCCACCUAGGUCUAUUUUCCUUCUCCUCCCCUGUGCAAUUGUACAUUAUCUCAGAAAGACUAUUACAUACAGAUGGAUGCUCAAUUGAUUAUUAUCUGUGUGUCAUUUCAACUAAGCUAGCAGUUUCAAAUGCCAUAGGAAGAACAACCAUUGAACGUUCACCAGAUUUAACUUUAAAAAAAUUGAAGUCGGCUGUUCAUCUUUCAUAAUAGAAGAAAAUUGUGUUA